UUCCCGGCAGGUGAUGGCGCCCCCCGCGGCCUAGAGGUCCAACGCCCGCCGCGAGCAGCGGAGAUUCCUCCUGUUCUGUCCGACCGAGAAUCCUGGUGACUUUGAACAUGCUGGUGCCGCUAGCCAAGCUGUCCUGCCCGGCACAUCAGUGCUUUCAUGCCUUAAAAAUUAAGAAAAAUUAUCUACCUCUACGUACUACAAGAUGGUCUUCAAAUUCUAUUGUGCCUCAAAUUACUACCCAUUAUACCAUUUAUCCCAGGGAUAAGGACAAGAGAUGGGAAGGAGUGAACAUGGAAAGGUUUGCAGAAGAAGCGGAUGUUGUCAUAGUUGGUGCAGGCCCCGCAGGGCUCUCUGCAGCUGUUCGUCUGAAACAGUUGGCGGCGGCACAUGAAAAGGACAUCCGCGUGUGUCUAGUGGAGAAAGCUGCCCAGAUAGGAGCUCAUACUCUCUCAGGGGCUUGCCUCGAUCCAAGUGCUUUUAAAGAACUCUUCCCAGACUGGAAAGAGAAGGGGGCUCCCCUUAACACUCCUGUAACAGAAGACAGGUUUGGAAUUUUAACAGAGAAAUAUAGAAUUCCUGUGCCAAUUCUUCCAGGGCUUCCGAUGAAUAAUCAUGGCAAUUACAUUGUACGCUUGGGACAUUUAGUGAGCUGGAUGGGUGAACAAGCAGAAGCCCUUGGUGUUGAAGUAUACCCUGGUUAUGCAGCUGCUGAGGUUCUUUUUCAUGAUGAUGGUAGUGUAAAAGGAAUUGCCACUAAUGAUGUCGGGAUACAAAAGGAUGGUGCACCAAAGGCAACAUUUGAGAGAGGGCUGGAACUACAUGCUAAAGUCACAAUUUUUGCGGAAGGUUGCCACGGACAUCUAGCCAAGCAACUAUAUAAGAAAUUUGAUUUGAGAGCCAAUUGUGAACCUCAAACCUACGGGAUUGGACUGAAGGAGUUAUGGGUUAUUGAUGAAAAGAAGUGGAAACCUGGGAGAGUAGAUCACACUGUUGGUUGGCCCUUGGACAGACAUACCUAUGGAGGCUCUUUCCUCUACCAUUUGAAUGAAGGUGAACCUCUAGUAGCUCUUGGUCUUGUGGUUGGUCUAGACUAUCAAAAUCCCUACCUGAGUCCAUUUAGAGAGUUCCAGAGGUGGAAACACCAUCCUAGCAUUCGGCCAACCCUGGAAGGUGGAAAAAGGAUUGCAUACGGAGCCAGAGCUCUCAAUGAAGGUGGCUUUCAGUCUAUACCAAAACUCACCUUUCCUGGUGGUUUACUAAUUGGUUGUAGUCCUGGUUUCAUGAAUGUUCCCAAGAUCAAAGGUACUCACACAGCAAUGAAAAGUGGAAUUUUGGCAGCAGAAUCUAUUUUUAAUCAACUAACUAGUGAAAAUCUCCAAUCAAAGACAAUAGGACUCCAUGUAACUGAAUAUGAGGACAACUUGAAGAAAUCAUGGGUUUGGAAAGAGCUAUAUGCUGUUAGAAAUAUUAGACCAUCCUGCCACGGAAUACUGGGUGUAUAUGGAGGGAUGAUUUACACUGGAAUAUUUUACUGGAUAUUGAGAGGAAUGGAGCCAUGGACUCUGAAACAUAAAGGUUCUGACUCUGAACAGCUCAAGCCAGCCAAGGAUUGCACACCUAUUGAGUAUCCAAAACCCGAUGGGCAGAUCAGUUUUGACCUCUUGUCAUCUGUGGCUCUGAGUGGUACUAAUCAUGAACAUGACCAGCCGGCACAUUUAACCUUAAGGGAUGACAGUAUACCUGUAAAUAGAAAUCUGUCGAUAUAUGAUGGGCCCGAGCAGCGAUUCUGUCCUGCAGGAGUGUAUGAAUUUGUACCCAUGGAACAAAGUGAUGGAUUUCGGUUACAGAUAAAUGCUCAGAACUGUGUGCAUUGUAAAACAUGUGAUAUUAAAGAUCCAAGUCAGAAUAUUAACUGGGUGGUACCUGAAGGUGGAGGAGGACCUGCUUACAAUGGAAUGUAAACUGCAACUAACCAGUUUCUUUAAAGUAUGGCAAGCUAACUUAAAAUGUUUAGAGAUUAACAUGUCAAAAUAUCUUUCUGUAUAUUACUGAACAGUCACAAAACGAUCAAGUAAAAAUUUUAUACUAUAUCUAAGAUUGUCCCAUAAAAAAAUUAUUUCUUUUAACCUUUAUAAUAAGAAUGCAGCAUCUUCCUACCUCUUCAGUUCUUCAGAGAUUCAGUUCCAAGAGCAAAAUUCACUACUGGACUUUACAUUUGACUUGCCAAAGUAAAGUAUUCAAAUACAAAAAUGAAUAUAUAUAUAUUCUAGACCAGGGGCCAGGAACCAUUCACCACUUAUGAAUGAAGUUUUAUUGAAAACACAGCCAUACCCAUUGGUUAUAUAUCGUCUACGGCUGAUUUUGAGUUACAACCUCAGAGUUGAGUGGGUGUAACAAAUUACAUGUUCCACAAAACCUAAAAACUUUAUGAUCUGGCCCUUGCAGAAAAAAUAUGCCCACCCCUGAACAAGUUUUGUGUAGUAUGUGGAUGUAUUAUCUAUAAGUAUGAAAACCUAGCAUCAUCCAACCACAGAUACAUUAAAGAAUUGAAGGCAACAAUAUACAAACUUAAGCUUUCAUCUCUUUAUUCAACAAGAUGUGCCUUUACAAGUUUAAAAUCAGACUGAACACCAUUAUCCCUCAUGAAUAAUGCAGAUAACCAUUUUAAAAAGCAUUUCACUUAGCUCGGUGUGGUCGCUCACGCCUAUAAUCUCAGCACUUUGGGAGGCCGAGGCGGGCAGAUCAUGAGGUCAGGAGUUCAAGACCAGCCUAACCUAUAUGGUAAAAACCCACUGUUCUAAAAAUACAAAAAUUAGCCAGGCUUGGUGGCACACACCUUUAGUCCCAGCUACUCAGGAAGCUGAGGCAGAAGAAUCACUUGAAGCCGGGAGACGGAGGUUGCAGUGAGCCAAGAUCGCACCACUACACUCCAGCCUGGGUGACAGAGCGAGACUCUGUCUCCAAAGAAACAAACAAAAAAAUACUUUACUUACUGUAUUGUAACAUGUUUAUUAAGCAUGAACCCCUAUCAGUACUCCUAAACUGUAAACAAUGAGGAACUGAGGUAUAAAAAGAAACAUUAGGGAUCGUAUUGAUAAACAAAAACCUUUAAAUUUUCUUAUUGCAUUUAUACAAUCACACAAUAAACAAAAUUGAUUCCUUACUAAGCAAACAUUUUUGCAUAUACUGCCUUCUCUUUAUCUUUCUGUGCCUUUAUCUUUUGUUUGACUUUCAGCAAUUCUGCCUGGAUAGCUGCAAAAUAAAUAUGCAAUAUGAGUUUUUUCUCAAAACAUCCCCAAAAUUAUUGUGACUAACAGUUUUAACAUGUUAACUCCCCCUUGAAAAAACUUCUUCAUAAAGUCACUAAGCCCUAGUAACAGAAAAUCUGAGCAAUCACACAAACAGAAAUGAAGCCUAAUUUUAGAGGACUGUCAACCGAGAGAACAAGUACAUAAAGAUUUGCCUUCUCCCUCUACCUCAGAGAACAGUAAUUGCCUCCUUAUUUCAUUUCGGUAAUAAGAAACCAAAGAUAUUUUUUAAUAUCCAGAUCUAGUGUUGGUAUUCAUCGUUGGUUUACUUGAAAAACAAGCUUAUUUUUGUCAAAGUUUACUAAAACACAGUACUUUGAUAACUGGUUAUGGCCACAUUCAGCUUAAGAAUGGUCCCAGAUGUUAAAUUUACCAUGAAUACUGUGUCUUUCAAUGCCGAGCUCUAGACGAGAAUAACCAGAAUGGAAACAUCAUAAAACAAACAGUAUCUGACAUGUAAAAUAAAACUACAGAGAUAAUAACUUGGAUAACAAUGUGAAAAACUAGUAUAUUCUUGAGUGGGAGUAGAAUGUAAGCUCUUUGAGGGCAGGGACCUUGACUGUCUUGUUCACUGGUAUAUGAUAAUGCCUGGCCCAGCAGCAGGUAUUCUGUAAUACCUGUUGAACAAACAUCUAAAAUCUGGCAAAGUGAACAAUGAUUCCUGAGGAUACGUUCUUAAAUAACAAAAUUAACUUUCACUAUAAAAACGGCCAACUUACCUUUAUCUUCUGGUGCUAUCUCCUGAGCUUUUUUAAGAUCAGCCUUAAUUGGAAAAAAACAUUUAAGUGUUUGAUUUAUAAAGGUAGUUGUCUGUUUUAAAAAAUUAAACAUUACAAACAAAAUUUA